AUGGCCCAGGCGGGGGGACCCGUCCGCUUCCACCCCGAGGAGGGCUGUGGCACCUCACCCCUGCCGUGCUCCCGCGGGGUGGACCGCAGGCCUUGGCUGGCAGGGGGCAGCCCCGAGGCCGGGAGGUGCAGCCCCCCGCGCUGCCUCACCCCCAACCUCAACGCCGGCCGCCUGCACCUGCUGCGCAAGGGCCUGGCGCCCGACACCCGCCGCUGCCCCCUCGGUCUCUACAACAGCACCGGCUCCCUGGCCCGCAGGCCGGCCGAGGCGGCUCCCUUCAGCAACGGGAGCUGCCCAGGCACAGGGCGCCUGACAGCCCCCUGCACCCCUCGGCGGGGCCGGCCCAGCACGGGGGUCUCGUCCCUGAGCAGCCGCAGCCCGGCGGCGACAGCGCCCGUGGAAGGACAUAGCUCCGUGGUCACCUUCCGCUUCAUCGAGAAGGCCAGCGUGCAGACCCUGGGCGGCCUGCCGCCCAGCUGGGACAACGGCCCCCGCAGCCUCAGCCGCAGCCUGGAGCUCGGCGGGGACGCAGGAUGCCCCCGGCCCCAGCCCCGGCCCCAGGAGCGGCUCCUGCACACGCUCAAGCUGGAGGCCUCCGCGUCCGACCCGCUCCUGGCCGGGGGCAGGACCCCGAGGGGGACAUGUCCCUGUGGGAAAGAGCCCUGUGCCCUCAACGCCGACUGCCUCUGCCGCUCCCUCACCAACGGGCUGCCGGAGGACUUCCCUGCCUUCACCAGGAGCCCCCUGAAGCCAGAGCCCCGGCUCCAGGGCAGCGCCUGGCCAUACCCCCGGCAGAGCUCAGCCCAUGCCCAACGCAUCGCCAGGGCCAAGUGGGAAUUCUUCUAUGGCUCCUUGGACACCCCGAAGACAGGCUCCUCUGCCCCUGACUCUGCUCCUCUGGCUGAGCCCCCGCAGAAGCCCAUCUGCCCGCUGCCUGCCAAGCCACCAGGGUUGGUACCUGAGCACAGCCUGAGCCACGUGGAAGUGGAGAUAGAGAUGUCUCCUACAGGCAGCCAGAAGCCCGGAUCCUGUGAGACUGGGAUUAUAAGGAGGACGGUGAAGUACUCUGAGACAGACCUGGACACCGUGCCGCUGAGGUGCUACCGCGAAACCAACAUCGAUGAUAUCCUGGCCGAGAAGGAGGAGGUGGAUUCAGCUAUUGAGAGCCAGAAGGACAGUGAGAGCAACCCAAGCUUUGGGGGCACACCAGGCAGGAGGAACAGCAUUCCAGAGGAACCCCCCACCCGAGGCACCAACUGCCUGAAGGACGGGCUGCGGGACAGGGACGUGGACGAGGACGAUGAGGUGUUUGAGGCAAUGAGGAAAGAGAACAGGGAAAGGAUCAUGGACCGAGACACACAGGGUAUGCUCAAGUCUCCAGUGCCCUUCCUCCUGGGGCACAGCCUCUCCAAGGAUGGCAUGGACUCUUUCAGCAAGCAUUUUGAGAGCAUCAUGGAGUCCCAUCGAGCCAAAGGCACAUCUUACACCAGCCUGGACUCCAUUGACAUCCUCUCCUCCCCAGCCCGCACCCAUGGGACCUUUUUCACUUUUGACCUCCCAGCCGUCACCCCAGAAAUACAGGGACAGAUCAAAGACAGCGCCAAGCUGAUAGAGGAGAACUUUGCUCCUCUGGCUCACUUGGAGCCAGACUCUGGGACAAGUUCAGCUACAGAUGCGCCCUGGACAGAGAGGGAGGAGGAGCGGGGGAGACGAAGCAAAGGUGUUCGGCACAGCCCUUGCCGCUCAGAGGACAGCUAUGGUACUCCCUUGGCCUCCAACAUCAGCGACCACCCCCUGAACCAGCUGGUUUUGGACUCAGACUCAGAGAUGGACAGCAUGGAGCAGCUGGCCCUGGGCAGCACGGACACCCUCUCCAAUGGGCACAAGGCCGACCUGGAGGCUGCCAAACGCCUGGCCAAAAGGCUCUACAACCUGGAUGGCUUUAAAAAAGCAGAUGUGGCACGCCACUUGGGGAAGAACAAUGAGUUCAGCAGGAUGGUGGCAGGGGAAUAUCUGAAGUUCUUCGUGUUCACGGGGAUGAGCCUGGACCAGGCCCUCAGGUCCUUUCUAAAGGAGCUGGCCUUGAUGGGAGAGACACAAGAGCGAGAGCGAGUGCUGGCUCAUUUUUCCCAGCGCUAUUAUGAGUGUAAUCCCAAUGCCAUCUCUUCAGAGGAUGGAGCCCACACCCUCACCUGCGCCCUGAUGCUACUCAACACAGAUCUGCAUGGACAUAAUAUUGGAAAGAGGAUGUCCUGCUCUGACUUCAUUGGCAACUUGGAGGGACUCAACGGAGGCACUGACUUCCCCAAGGAGCUGCUCAAGACGCUGUACGGCUCCAUCAAGAAUGAGAAGCUGCAGUGGGCCAUAGAUGAAGAGGAGCUGAGAAAGUCACUUUCGGAGCUGGCAGACCCCAACCCAAAGUCCAUCAAGCGCAUUAGCAGCUGCAGUAACCCCUUUCUGGACUUCUCCCAAGACUCCAGCAUCGCCACCUACAAGCAUGGUCUGUUAGUGCGCAAGAUCCAUGCUGAUUCUGACUGCAAGAAAACACCUCGAGGGAAGCGUGGCUGGAAGUCCUUCCAUGCCAUCCUGAAGGGGAUGAUUCUCUACUUGCAGAAGGAGGAGUAUAAGCCAGGGAAGGCUCUGGCGGAAGAGGAGCUGAAGAACGCUAUUAGCAUCCAUCAUUCACUUGCCACACGGGCAUCUGACUACAGCAAGCGACCCAAUGUGUUCUACCUCAGGACAGCUGACUGGAGGGUCUUCCUCUUCCAAGCACAGAACCCUGAACAGAUGCACUCCUGGAUCACACGCAUCAAUGUGGUAGCAGCCAUGUUCUCUGCACCCCCCUUCCCUGCAGCUAUCGGCUCCCAGAAAAAGUUUAGCCGCCCGCUGCUGCCCAGCUCCUGCACCAGACUGUCCCAGGAAGAGCAGGUGAAGAGCCAUGAGACCAAGUUCAAGACGAUGUCAGCAGAGCUGCUGGAGCAUCGUUCCUCACUACCUGAGAAGAAGGUAAAGGGCAAGGAGUAUGAGGAGUUAAAGCAGAAGGAAGAGUACCUGGAGUUUGAGAAAUCCCGCUAUGGCACCUAUGCCAUGCUGCUGCGGGCCAAGCUGAAGGCCGGCUCCGAGGACCUCGCAGCGUUUGAGUCCACGCUCUUCAAUGCAGCGAGUGGGGAGGAUGAUGGUCUGAAAAAGUCCCACUCCAGCCCCUCGCUCAACGUGGAGCCCUCCAGCACGGCCACCAAGGUGAAGCGCAACGUCUCAGAGCGCACCGGCCGCCAGCCCCCUGGCCAGCCCCAGAAGUCAUAAGUGAGGGGCAUCGGCCACCCGCGCUGCAGCUCCGUUUCUGCCCCCUGACACCAGGGUGGAGGCCAAGACCCUGCAUGAGCUGUCCAUCUGGGCUGUGUGCCAUGCAGGCACCAGCCAUGCAGGGCCUCCGCCAGAGGUGGUGGCAGAGCAGGACAGUCCCUGGUACUCGCCUGCGGGAGCUGCCCACGCUGUCAGCCCCAUCAGACUCAUUCCUGCCCCUCCUUGUCCUGUGCGUGGUUGCAGGACCUCACGCCGAUGACGGGGACCAACUGAAACCCACCCACUGGGCUCAGUUCUUCAGUGGUUUAAGAAGUCCAAAAUGCAGCAAAACAAAGCCAGCGGCCGCUUCUCCUCCAGCUCCAUUGUGCCAUGGGGGGCAGACAGGAGGGGGCCAGCUGUGGCCUCUCCCCUCUUAAUGGGGCUGGUGGCCAGGGGCACCAGGGCAAUGGCACCUGGCCCCCUCCCUGCCACCUCUGCACCACCCCUGCUUUCUUACAACUUUUGACUGAUUUUUGUGAUACAGUUUUGCACUUUUUAGUACCAGACUGAGCUGACCACCAGGGAGGGCUUUUUGGGGGCUACUUUUGAUGCUUUUGGGGAACUAUUUAAACAAAAACAAGCCACAAACCCAGCCAUAUCUUGUAGGCACUGCAUUCUGGGGGGCAGGAGAUUUUUACGGACUCAGGGGAAGGCCCAGCUCCCUGUCCUGCAGCAAGGUGAGCAUGGGCUCCUGUGUGUGUUGCUGUCUGCUCCCCAGCCCUGCUUUGGCACCAGCAACCCUUUGGAGAUAGCUCUGCAGUUGUAGGCAGCCUUGGGAUGGCAGUACCCAUGGUUGCACUUGUGGCUGCAUGGGAGGAUGCUUCAUGACCCACCCCCUGGCAGCUGGACCAGCCCAUUUGUACCACCUGGAUGUGAGCAUCAUACCCAGGGCACACUGGGCAGCAGUGUAAGUAAGUACUCCCACUGGGGAGGUGACCCCUGAGGCCAGGGUUGACUUUGAGGGUCCCCACGAGCCAGCUUUCCUUGUCAUGAUGCCCCUCCAACGCAUGGCUGGGGCCUCAGAGGCUGCCAGCAAAGCCAAGUCCGCAGCACUGUGCAGUCCUCGUGCAGCAGCAGCAGUGGUGCAGCCCCUUCCAUGGCCAUGGGCUCCCUCCUUGCCAAGGGAAGGGCAGGCUGAGGCAGCCUGCAGCACCUCAGGAGCUGAAGGAUGCUUGGCUGGAGCAAGGUGCUGAUGGUGCAGCAUGGUCACAGGGUGCCUGGGGUGUGCAGGGAAGGGUCUGUGGACAGUGGAAGGGCUGUGGGCGGGGGGCUGGCACAUACACACUGUUCCUGGCCACCCAGGACCCGGCUGGUUUCAGCACUGACUUUGUGAAUGUGUCAAACUUUUUAUUCUGCUCUUUUAACUCUAUUGCAAAAAAAAAAAUUAAAAAAAUAAAGGAAAAAAAUAAGGAAAAAAAUCCACCCUUGCCCCAGGCGGCUCAAGGGGGAGAAAAUCCUUUGUACAGCUUCUUCUCUCGGUUACUUCAGUAAA